GCUAACUUUCAAAAUUAAUAAAAUACAUUAACAAAUUUUUUUGUUUAAAAAAAAAAUGUGGUAACAAAAUCCUUAGUAUUGGAAAAGAAUAGAAUCUUCAUGCCGUCUUCAGGAAAGUUCAAAGUUUAACGUUUCGACAUUUUUGACACAUCACAGCACGUUUCUUCGUCUAUGGAUCAUGGAUCCCAGACUCUGUCCAACAAGCUACUCAUUUGAGGAGAUAAAGAGAACUGUAAAUUUCGUACUAAGUCGGACUGAGAUUCGUCCGAUGAUAGGUAUUAUAUGUGGCAGUGGUUUGGGAUCUUUAGCUGAUAGCAUUACAGAGCAAGAAAUAAUCAGAUAUGAUGAAAUACCAUAUUUUCCAGUAUCAACUGUGCCAGGACAUGCAGGUCAGUUUGUUUUUGGAAAAAUUGGAAUAACAUUUGUUGUGGCUAUGCAAGGACGUUUUCAUCAUUAUGAAGGAUAUACCUUGUUGAAGUGCACAAUGCCUGUACGUAUAAUGCAUUUAAUUGGUGUAAGAUAUUUAUUCGCAACAAAUGCUGCAGGUGGUGUUAAUCCAGAAUUUAAUUUGGGUGAUAUAAUGUUCAUACGUGACCAUAUAAAUUUCAUGGGACUACCUGGUAAUAAUCCAUUGAAUGGUCCUAAUUUACCGCAACUUGGACCACGUUUUCUAUCAAUGACUAAUGCUUACGAUAAAGGAAUGAGAGAUUUAGCCAGAAAAGUCGGUAUAGAAAUGGGAAUUGAAGAAAUUAUGCGUGAAGGUGUCUAUGCUUGCUUAGGUGGACCAACAUAUGAAUCAAUUGCUGAGCUCAUAAUGCUGCAUACUAUGGGAGUUGAUGCAGUAGGCAUGUCCACUGCACAUGAAAUAAUCAUAGCUAGACACUGUGGCAUGACAGUUUUUGCAUUAAGUCUUAUCACCAACAAAUGUGCACUGGAUUACGAAGAUAGAGAACCCGCAAACCAUGAAGAAGUCAUUAAAAUUGCCAAAAGUCGGGAAACAACUUGUUGCGAAUUUAUAGCACGACUCGUCAACGAAGUACAACUUAUAGAAACUAAAAUCGCUGAAGAAGCAGCAGCUGAAGAGGCAAAAAAAGAAGCGGAAGCCGAAAAAAUAAAACAGGAAGAGGAAGCAGAAAAGAAAAAAGAAGAGCAGAAAAACGAAAAAAAUAAAAAGAGAACAUUUAAGAAAAAAUAAAAACAAAGAAAGACACAUAGUUGGAAAUUAGUAAAACAUGGAGGGAUUAAAUAUUAUUCAGAAAAACUCCAUGUCAAUUUAAAUAAAAAUUGAGUAUAAUA